GCCCGGCACGCUGCGUGCGACUUAAUCGCUGCGAACUCCACAUGCUGUGCUCAAGUCUCGCUCACCCUCCUUCUCCUCCAGAGUUUCAGCUUGGCUCCCCCGCUGCUGGCCCUGCUGAUGCGUAGCUUCGUCAGCUCUGACUUUCGCGCCUAUUCUCUCGCAUCCUGCUGUUAAAGCUCUCGCCGGGCGCCAGCACCAGCCCUAUCGAUUCUGUACCUCUGCUACCCCAGCUUUCGUUUCAGCCUUUCCUCGACGCCGCGGCAAAAGCAGAGCUGUGCCCCGUCUGCGCCGCCAAUAGCUAUCAUGGGCAACUUCUUUAUCUCACGCAGCUGGCGGACGCGCAAUAUCAUGAUUGCCUGCCUGGUCAUCGAGUUCGCCUUCACCGUCGCCGUCCUCACCCUCUUUGGCAUCGCCAGCCCGAACCUCUACCGCACCAAGCUCUGGCAAGAAGGCUAUGACCUGGGAUUCAACAGUGCGCCCAAUGCCAUAUUAUACGCCAUGGCCAAUUACCGACCGGUUAACAUCCCAAUGGUGUGGAGUCAAUUUCUCACUACAUGGAACCUCGUGAUCUCCGUCUUGUCGAUGUUCAUUCUCCUAACGAAAACGACGCUGUUCACCAUGCACAUGUUUUACCCAAUUCUAUCGCUCCUCACCCACAUCGCUUGCCUGGCUAUCUACUCCGUAAGUCUUCACGGACAGAUCGGACAUGACACCAUUGAUCGCGACCACCCUUCCACUGGCCUUCCUUGGUACAUUGGCCACAGCUGCGGCAUGUCCUCCACGAAUAAGAUCAAAGGCUACUGCCUGCAAGCUAAGGCCUCUUUUGUGAUGACCAUUCUCAUGGUCAUCCUCUUCAGCAUCUACAUCAUUCUCGCCAUCCACAGCAUGAUACCGACCAAGGAGCAACGCCUCAGACACGUGAGCAAAGUCCAAGAGAAAUCCGACCGCAAGUCCAAGAUUGCCGCCCUGCAAGCCGAGACGCUGGAAGCCCAAGCAUCAUUGUCACAAUACUGGGCCGCGCAGGGCCACCAAUAUCCCCUGACCCCGGGCACCAUGGGCCCGCGCAGCGCGCGGUUUGCGACCUCGCCCCAUCCCUACAGCCCCGCGCCCUACAGCGCCGGCGGACCAUUUGUCACGCAAGGACCCUACAGCCCCGGGAUCGCAUACGCGCAGUCGCCGAUUUCGCCCGUCAGCCCGUACCAGCAGUGGCAAGCGGCGUACGGGCCGCCAACCUCGCCCGCCGCGCCGCCUGCGACGCACUAUACCAGCAACGGCGAUGUCGACUACAGCAAGCAGCAGUGGGAGAUGCACCAGUGGCCGGCGAGCGCGGGCACGCACGGCGCGGUUAAGAGCCCGGUGCAUUCGACGGCGUCGGGUGGGUCGGCCGUCAGGGCGCCGAGCGAUGAUUUGCCGCUCCGGGAGCGGUAGAUGGGGACGCAGAAGAUGAAUAAAAUUUGAAAGAAAGAGUUGCCUACCUGAAGACUGGGCUGGCCUAGUCCGGGGGAUGACGAUGAACGAGGUGGAUAAUUAUUUUCCUUGGGUUUUUUCGCGACGGUUUUUUCGUUUAUAUUUUCUUUCCUUGGGUUUUCGUUUUCUUGAUACCACGCACUGCUGCCUCGUCCUUUUUCUUGUAUAUAUGGAUGGAUGGA